UUUAUGGACCAUUUUUGUGUGUUUGGGCUCAAUAUUUCUUAGGUUUUCUAACUGUCCAGCACCAAAUGGCAGACAGACAAAGUUAGCAACAAGCUGGUGAACACAGUGGAGCAUUUAGGCAGGUAAAGAGCCAGAAACCCCCCUCAGGAGUUGUGUAAACAAUAAACAGUAAACCUGGGUGAGGAAAUAAUAGUGAUAGGGAAGCCUAUGACAACAACAGCUACAGUUAUUGUUACCUACCUGUUCAAAAGACAAAUUAGAUUUAUUUCCUCUUGAAAUGUCUUCAGAUGCCCUGCCCAGUUGGUAGUGUUAACAUUAAUGUUGUCACAGUGAUAAUUAUUUUAGAAUCGUUUUAAUGCUCUAAAUCAUUAAUAGCUAUUUAUUCACUUAAUUGUCUCACCUGCUGUGGCAAUACAACCCAAGCAACUCGGCGAUGUUGCCACCCAGUGCAUCCUGAAGCACAGAUGAACUAACGCUAGCUGCUGGUUGUAUAGCGGACGAGCAGCUGUAGGAGGAGGAUGGAGAUGCCGGAGAAAUAGCUAACGAGAGUACAUCGACGCUGGUGUUUCCCACCAAACAUUAACAGCGGCAGACAAUGAUUGCGAUGUUUCAAGCCACAAAGCUGAAUACCAAAUUGCCUUCUACUAACAAGAGAUAGCCAGUCUGCUGGAUGGAGACCCAGGAGGAAUGACAGAGUCUCUUCCCCCUUGGGUGACACACCGACAGUCUGAGAAAAUGCACUGGGCCGGUGGAUACGUUUUUCUGGUCCUGGCGUCUCUUAUCGCCUCUCACACCACCAGGGCCUUAUCCGUGGACACGGAUGGAAACCGCACGGAAAACAGCAAUGUGACAGAUGGCGGAUUUGUUCCAGUUGUGUUCACAAAAGUGAGCCAGAUAAUUGCCCGGGAGGGUAGCUGCGCACUGAUUGAUUGCAAUGUCACCGGAGACCCGCUCCCCAGUGUUCAGUGGUUCAACUCCCAUGGAGACCGCCUGGACACAGAGAUGAGUGGUGGGAAGUGGUGGCUGUUGGAUGAUGGCGUCCUCAACAUCACCAGCAUCGAGUUUGCAGACCGUGGAAAGUACACCUGCAUGGCAUCCAACGUGCACGGCAGCUCCAACUGCACAGUGACGCUGCGCGUGGUCUUCACGAACGGUGACAUGGGCGUGUACUACAUGGUGGUAUGUCUGGUCACCUUCACCAUCAUCAUGGCCCUAAACAUCACACGCCUCUGCAUGAUGAGCAGCCACCUGAAGAAGACGGAGAAAGCUAUCAAUGAAUUCUUCCGCACCGAGGGCGCUGAGAAGCUGCAGAAGGCCUUCGAGAUCGCCAAGCGAAUUCCCAUCAUCACCUCGGCCAAGACGCUGGAGCUGGCCAAGGUGACGCAGUUCAAGACCAUGGAGUUUGCACGGUACAUCGAGGAGCUGGCUCGCAGCAUCCCGCUGCCGCCGCUCAUCAUGAACUGCCGCACCUUCAUGGAGGAGAUCCUGGAGGUGGUGGGGGUGGAGGAGAUGAGGCACACCUUCGUCAGACAAGCGCCCGAGGGAUGCCGCGAGAUAGCGAGCAGGGUUGCCUCCAUAGGGGUAAGAGAUGUCUUCACCAUCCUGCAGGAGAGGGAGAGAGGGCGGGAGCGGGAGAGGGACCGGGAGCGCAGCGAAUCCCCUGCCCCCGACUCAGACAACUCCUCAGUCCAAGAGCAGCCGCAGCACAUCGCCAUCCAGGUGUCGGUCCACCCGCAGCUCGCCAUCGGCGGUUACUGCAGUAUUGAAGCUCCACCUCAGCCAGAGGCCACACCCCCCUCCUCCCCCUCACCAACCGCUCCUCUUCCCCAGGAGGAGCAGCCUGAGGCGGAGGGAGAGGAGGACACCGACCAGGCUGCGCCCGAACCGACAGCCGUAAAUAAUACCCCUCCCUGCCAGGUGUUUUACGAGAGCCAUGUGUGACGAAACAAACAAACCCUGAAUGAUGAGUUAUCCUGCUAUGCAUUUCCUUGAAGACAUCUUGAAGACAAAAAAAAAAAAAGGUCAACAAAACAUUUUUAAUUUCACAUUUUGGAAAGAAACAAUCACAUUUUUAUUUAUCUUUUCUGAACGGAACAAUCUCUUUAAACCUUUGUAGGCUGUUCUGAGAAUAAAUCACAAGGUUUUUAGACA